AUGAGUGAAGAACAUCCAGCAGUAGUAAUUGACAAUGGUUCUGGUUAAUGUAAAGCAGGAAUUGCAGGAGAUGAUGCUCCAAGAUGUUGUUUCCCAGCAAUAGUUGGAAGACCUAAGCAUAAAGGAGCAUUAGUGGGAAUGGAUUAAAAAGAGACCUAUGUAGGUGAUGAGGCAUAAGCUAGAAGAGGGGUUUUAAGCUUAAAGUAUCCAAUUGAUAAUGGAAUUGUUAAUAAUUGGGAUGGUAAAAGUCUUAUAUUAAUUGUAGACAUGGAAAGAAUUUGGCAUCAUGCAUUCUUCAAUGAAUUGAGAGUGUCUCCAGAAGAUCAUCCAGCACUUUUGACUGAAGCUCCAAUGAAUCCAAAGGUUAAUAGGGAGAAGAUGACUCAGAUUAUGUUUGAAACAUUUAAUGUCCCAUCAUUCUAUGUUUAAAUACAAGCAGUUCUUUCCUUGUAUGCUUCAGGGAGAACUACAGGAAUAGUUGUUGAUUCUGGAGAUGGUGUAACACACACAGUGCCUAUUUUCGAAGGUUAUUCUCUUCCUCAUGCAAUUCAAAGAAUAGAUUUAGCAGGUAGAGCUUGCACUUAGUAUCUUGUGAAUAUUCUGAAUGAAUUGGGAAUCUCAUUUACUUCUUCAGCGGAGUUGGAAAUAGCCAGAGAUAUAAAGGAGAAAUAGUGUUAUGUUGCAUUGGAUUAUGAUGCUGAAAUGAAAACCUAUAAGGAGAGUGCUGCACAUAAUAAACCUUAUGAAUUGCCAGAUGGAAAUGUUGUUGUGAUUCAGAAUUAGAGAUUCAGAUGUCCAGAAUUAUUAUUUAAGCCAAACUUUAUUGGUUUGGAAGUGCCAGGAAUUCAUGAAUUAACAUUUAAAUCAAUAAUGAAGGCAGAUAUUGAUGUUAGAAAGGACUUGUAAUAUUUAAAUCUUAUAAUUAUCUAGAUAUGGAAAUAUAGUUAUGUCUGGAGGUACAACUAUGUUCCCAGGAAUUCCUGAGAGAUUAAGUAAGGAAUUAACAAAUUUGGCCCCAUCCUCAAUGAAGGUGAAAGUAGUGGCUCCACCAGAAAGAAAGUUUUCAGUAUGGAUAGGUGGAUCAAUCUUAUCAUCAUUAUCAACAUUCUAAUCUAUGUGGGUAACAAGAUCAGAAUACGAUGAAACAGGUCCUUAAGUGGUUCAUAGAAAAUGCUUCUGA